GUCAUCUCCAGCGCUCGGUCAUCGCCAAUUGAGACCUCCAUACCAUCCAUACCAUCAGCAGUGAUGUUGUCUGUGAGAACCGCUCUUCGCUCGACUACUCGUCUCCAAUGUCUCCGCACUGUGAGCACCUGGGCUCAUGUCCCCAUGGGUCCUCCGGAUGCGAUCCUCGGUGUUACUGAGGCUUUUAAGAAGGACACCGCUUCCCAUAAGAUCAAUCUUGGUGUCGGUGCUUACCGUGAUGACAAGGGCAAACCCUACGUCCUUCCUUCCGUCCUCGAGGCCGAGAAGAGGAUCACCGAGAAGAAGAUGGACAAGGAGUACGCACCCAUCACCGGUGUUGCUUCUUUCACCAAGCUUGCUUCGCAGCUUGCUUACGGUGCCGACUCUACCGACUUGAAGGAGGGUAAGAUCGCUGCUACUCAGUCCAUCUCCGGUACCGGUGCUUUGAGGAUCGCCGGUGCCUUCUACAACAAAUUCUACCCCAACAAGACCAUCUACCUUCCUUCUCCCUCAUGGGGUAACCACACUCCCAUUUUUAAGGAUUCGGGAUUGGAGGUCAAGUCUUACAGGUACUAUGACAAGGAGAACAUCUCCCUCGAUAUCAACGGUAUGAUCGAGGACAUCAAGGCUGCGCCUGAGGGUAGCAUCAUCUUGUUGCACGCUUGUGCUCACAACCCUACUGGUGUUGACCCUACCGAGGACCAGUGGCGCCAGAUCUCUGACGCCGUCAAGAGCCGUGGUCACUUUGUCAACUUUGACGCUGCUUACCUUGGUUUCGCUUCCGGUAACGUCGACAAGGAUGCUUUCGCCAUCCGUCACUUCAUCAAAGAGGGUCACCGUAUUGCGCUCUGCCAGUCCUUUGCCAAGAACAUGGGAUUGUACGGUGAGCGUGCUGGUGCUUUCUCCGUCAUGUGUGACUCUGCGGAGGAAGCCAAGAAGGUCGACUCCCAGAUCAAGAUCAUCGUGAGAGCGAUGUACUCUAACCCUCCCAUUCACGGUGCGAGGUUGGUGUCUGAGGUUCUUGGUGACGAGAAGUUGAACCAGCAAUGGUUGGGCGAGGUCAAGGGUAUGGCUGACCGGAUCAUCUCCAUGAGGACGCAGUUGAAGAAUCACCUUGAGGAGUUGGGAUCUAAGCACGACUGGAGCCACAUUACCUCGCAGAUUGGUAUGUUCUGCUUUACUGGAUUGAAGCCGGAGCAGGUGGAGAGAUUGAUGAAGGAGCGCUCUGUGUACUUGACCAAGGAUGGACGUAUCUCGGUCGCGGGUAUCUCAUCGGACAACGUCAAAUAUCUGGCGGAGUCGAUUCACCAUGUUACGAAGGAUUAA